AUGCCGACCUCUAUUCCCAGUGGUCGCAAACGCAAAGCGUCACGUUCGCAAGCGGACAGCUCAUCUGCGAAACGAUCACGAACGGCUACGGAUAGAUCGCUCAUCGAGGACUUGGAACUUCCAGUGGUGUCAGAUCCAAUACUGGAUCGUUACCGUGCACGGCAGCUAGGAGAAGUCUCUAGCAGUGUGCAAGCACAGUCACUAGUACAGCGGCCGCAAGAUGGAGGAGUUGAUGAAGGGCCUUUAACGACCGGCUCCCAUACCUCUCACGUGAUGACUUUCUCUCACAUGCAGGCCAGUGGCCACGCAUCUAUACACAACGGCAAUAUCAACGGGCCUGUGACAAAUAACUACGUUCAGAGAGCGCCGUCUCCAGCGUACGACCCUACACAAGGGAACAAACAUUGGCUCGUGAGGCGUGUCCCGGAAAGACUCUUCACCGGCCAAGGCGACAUCCUGGAUGAAAUGAAUUCUCGCUUGACUGGAAAUGRGACAUUCGGAACCUCGAAGCAUUAUGUGCUUAGUGGCAUGGGAGGUGUUGGGAAAAGUGAGAUUGCGCUGCAAUUUGCUGACAAUAACCGCCAGAAGUACUGGGGCGUAUUCUGGAUUGACUGCAGUACACACGAAAAGGCCCGACGUGGUUUCGGGUCAAUUGCAAGAAGAUGUGCAUGGGAGUCUGACGUUGGCGAGGCGCCAUUGGAAGUCGUCAUUUGCGAGCUGAGCAACUCACGAUUCCCGUGGCUACUGGUGCUGGACAAUUGCGACGAUCCUGAAAUUGACUUUGGAGAGUUCAUACCGAAUACCCCGGUCGGGACCGUGCUUGUUACCACCAGAUUGGAAGAAGUGCGUCGACAGUACGCUGCUGCUGGCAGCCGCGUCAUUGAGGGCCUGGGAGAAUCAUAUGCCGUGGAACUCCUGUUCAAGGCUUCAGGGAAUACCAUACCUUGGUCUGCCGCCGAGAUUGUUGAUGCCAAAGACAUCGUCAGGCAGCUUGGAUGGCAUACAUUGGCUGUGACCGUUGCGGCGUCAUUGAUCAAAGAUCGAUACACCGUGAGGGAAUAUUCGACUGUGCUCCAGGCAAAAUUUAACGAGCUUUUGCGGAUGAGAAGGCGUCAAGCAAAAUCAACCUAUGAGACGAUUGAAGCAACGUUUGAGAUCUCCGCCCAGCGCCUGCUGGAUUCUGGACAAGAGUGUGAUAGAUACGCCCUGGAGCUUUUGAGCGUGUUGGCGUUUCUCGACCGAACAGAUGUGCCAGAGGAGAUCUUUACCAGGGCAUGGAAAUGGGGAGCGAGUAAUCGUGAACGCUUCAAUAAUCACGCGACAGAAGCAAUAGACUUUGACAUCAGGGCUUUGUCAACAUGGCACUUCAAAUUUGCUCUAUCCUUUGCCUGGGCGAAAGCCUCGGAUUUGAAUCUUUUCUCCCAAGCGCGAGCCCGCCUUCACGAGCUUUCGUUGAUCUCUUGGAUGCGAAAAUCUGACGGAACAUCAUCAGUGUCCAUGCAUCCGGUGCUCCAUUCCUGGGCGAGGAACAGACUGCCAGAGGCAGAAAGAUCGCAGACUUGGCAAAUCGUGGCAGCGACGCUGGCCUUGUCGGCGGAGGGUCACUGUGACUGGAGAGAACAAACUUUUCAGCUCCAGGCGCACCUAGAGAUGUGCUUCGAUGCACUUCAGGUGGAUCCUCAAGCAGGCCCAACAUCGCGGGUGUUCAAUUGUCAAACACUCAACCUGUUUUGGUGGCAGUUGUAUCGUGCUGACAGUGGGCACAUAGUGCCGAUUCUAGCUGCGUUACAAUGUUGGGUAUCUGCUGCGAUUUCAGGCAGGUCGGAUAAAUUUCUGGAUGCCACCAAUGCGCAUGUCCUCGCAAUGCAGGCUGCGACGUUGACGAAAUCGGGGCAGCACAUGAACGCCUGUAUAAUCCAGCAAAAAGUGGUCCAUAUCUAUGAGAGAAACCACGAGCAGCAUCACGAGCAACUUCRGCGGGCUAAAAUCAGCUUGGCACAGAUCCUGUUCCAGAUGGAGCGCUACGAUGAUGCUGCACAGGCUUUGGAGGGUCUACAGGAGGUGAACAGCGAGCUACCGCGUGCACAUACUCUGCGCCUCCAGGUACUUGAGACUCUGGCAGACGUCUACUUCGGACUACACGAUGCCGAAAAGGCGGCCGCACUACUAGAAGAGGUAGUAGAGGCGAGAAAAGGCGCGCCCGAUCGAGAUAUUAUAGGCGACAUGUGUGCGCAGCAUGGACUCGCGAUCGCAUAUCACAAACUUGGCCAUCUACCCAAAUCCAUCCGACUACUGGAAGAGAUUUCCGAGACUGGAAGCAAGAUCUACGUCCCAGGACAGCACGAUCGAUGGAGAUCAGCGGUGCUUCUUGCACAGUGCUACACUGAGAACGGCCAGCUCACAAAUGCACGACAACUAUUAGAAAGCAUGCUCCCUUAUCUAAACCAACAAGUCCCUGAUGGUCAAUAUUGUUUGUACAUCACCACCGAGACCGAUCUUCUUGUACGGGAAGGAAACAUCGAUCAUGCAAAAAGCCUUCAAGAGCAGCUGGUUGAGCGCAACAAGAUUACCCUACCACAUGCGAGUCGAGACCGCUAUACGCAAGAGCAUAGACUCAUUGCCUAUCUUAUUGGGACUUCAAGCCAUGUAGAAGCACGACUGCGCUUCGGACUUUUGCAACAAAAUCAAGACCUUCUUUGCGAGCAAGAUCGACGGCGACUUUUCAAGCUUGAAAACUUGCUGGUCGACCUUGAGAACUACAUGGCUUUUAAGUACGAGGACGAGGGCCGAGUCGAUCUAGCUAUAGAGUUGAUGGAAACGGUCGUUCAAAGUCGAAGGAGACUGCUAUACCGACAACACCGAAAACGCAUUGCUUCCGAGUAUGGGUUAUUGCUCUGCUACCUGAAAGCAAAGUUCACAACUCGUGCAAGGCAGCAGCUAAAGAGCAUCUCAGUAGAUGUUGAUUCCUUGGAGCCCGAUURCCGAGCAGGUCUCGUGCUUUGUGAAAAGGGAGUGGUUGCACUUCAAUACCAGCUUGCUCUUGUCCAUCUCAAAGUGAAGGAAGGGCUUCCUUUGGCAAUCCUUAUGCUGGAGAAGAUCGUCGAAGCGCACUCGCGGCUUUCAUCUCCAGAAAAUGGUGACAGAUGGGCCUCGGCAAUCAGGCUGGCACAUUGCUAUGCCAUCGACGGAGAUCCCGAGAAAGUUCGAAGACUGAUGGAACGGACACGGCUACCGCCUCUGAACCGCACUUUUCUCUGCAAGUACUAUGAUUGGAACAGGCUUGAUGGGCUUGAUUUGGCUAUACAGCGCCAGGAAGAAGUCGCUGAGCCGGAAUCUCAUGGCCCGUUGUUGAAAAUUGGAGAGAGAUAUACCUCUAUGUGUAGAGCGGUUUUUGAGCAUUUGCUCAAUUCAGAGUAUGAGAAGGCAAAGGAGCUUAUGGAGAAUGUCAGACUGUCCCCUCUGCAUCGCGCAUUUAUCUAA